AUGCGUCGGGCCGUCGUGGAGCGCACCGAGCAGGUGCACGUCGGCUUCGGCAAAGUCAUCCUCUUCGGCGAGCACUUCGUCGUGUACGGCGCGGAGGCGCUUGUGGCCGGCAUCGAGGCGUACACCUCCUGCCGGCUGGAGCUGACGAGGGGGCGGCCGGGCUUCGCGGUGGUGGACAACCGCCCCGCCGUGCCGGGCUACAUCGUGGAGAAGGCCGAGGAGCAGCGCCUCGCCCACGGCCUCGUCUUCCGCCACUUGAACAUCGACACCACCGUCGACGGCGUCUGCAUCCACCUCGGCGGGCCGCUCGUGCCGAGCAGCGGCAUUGGCGCCUCCGCCAGCGACGUCGUGUCCCUCUCGCGCGCGCUAAAUGAGAUGUACCAGCUGGGCUUGAGCGAGGCGGAGGUGAACCAAAGCGCCUUCGUCGGCGAGGGCGGCUACCACGGCACACCGAGCGGGGUGGACAACACGGCCGCGACGUUCGGCGGGCUCAUUUCCUACCGCCGCGACCACGGGACGUCGGUCUUCAGCCGUGUCUCGUUUUUGAAGCCGCUGUUUCUGGUGGUGUGCAGCACCGGCAUCACGGCAAGCACCACGAAGGUGGUCGCGGAGGUGCGGAAGCUGAAGGAGGAGAAACCCGCGUGGUUCGCCGCACUGCUGGAGCGCUACAACGCGUGCGUGAGGGAGGCCAAGACGGCGAUGGAACGCGGGAACACGGUCCGUCUGGGGGAGUUGAUGAACGAGAACCACACUCUCUGCCAGGAGCUCACGGUGUCCUGUGCCGAGCUCGACGCCAUUGUGAACUUCUGCCGCGAGAACGGCGCACUCGGCGCGAAGAUGUCUGGAACAGGCCGUGGCGGGCUUGCCAUUGCACUGGCGGCGGACGCGGCGCAAAGCGACCGCAUUGCCGACGCCGUGACGCAGCGCUGCCCUGCCGCCAAGUUCGUGUGGAAGUACAGCGUGCUUCCGAAAAGGUCCUCACUGUAG